AUGCAAACAUACUAAGGCAGUGCAUUUUCCUCGUCUGAAACUUCGCCAUUAAAUUAUCUUAACGAAAUAGAUUAAAAUGUUAUUGGGAAGUAUUACUUAAAAAAAUUUAAUCAGCUCAAUAAUCCUAGAGCUAGAUAGAUUGAAAAUUCUAAACAAAAAAAUACUGAAAACUUAGAAAAAAUAGUGAUUUAACAAAGAUCUGUUUAAUUUAUUAUAGAGCCCAUCUACAAAUUAAUAGAACCAAUAAACAAAUUUUAUAUUUACGGAGACUUUCCAGUCGAAGCAGACUUCUUUUCUAAAGAAACAAGCGAUUUAUAAACUAUUUUAGAGGAGUCCAAAUAAUGGACUUAAUGGAAACAAUGCGUUCAAGUAUAAUACAAUCAUUAAAAUGGGUUUCUAGAAUUGUUUCAAAAAAGUAAUAAUAGUGGUUUAAGUGAUUAUUAAUAUAUUGUUAAUAUACUUUAGUCUUUAUAAGAUUAAAGAAUGUAUGAAUUAUCUCAGAUAAUUUAAAGCUACGGAAGUGCUAUCCUCAAUAAUUUAACUUAGAUAAAAUAAAUUUUUAAAUUUGUAAAUAAUAACCCAUAGCUUGUGGAUUAUUUAGAGAAUAGAUUUGUAGAGUUUUAGUAAAAAGGAUUAAAAUGGAUUUAGGAAAAUAUAGAUUCAAAUUAGUACUAUACUUAUGUUUUUGGUAAAAUUGAUUUCAAAGAAGAAUGCUAUUAUAAUUAUUAAGAAGGUUUUUCAUCUGGGCUUUUGUAGAUUUUAGGGUUGGAUGUAGAGACUGCAGCAAGGAUAAUACUUAAGGUAGGAAAGUUAGAAUUUAUAGAUCAAUAUGGGAGAUUCAUCAAACUUUACAAAAAAUUGGUAUUUGCUAUAUCUCGGAAAAGAGAGUAGUAAGAAGAAUUAAAUUUUAGUAUAGUUACAGUUGAUGGUUAUAAGAUUCCAGUAAAAGUGUUAGUUAUAAAUCCACCUAUAUAAAUGAGUGAUAUUUCAAUAAAAGAACUGCUAAAUGUACCUCAAUUAUCUUUUAAUUAAAUUUUAACUAUAUUCUAGUAUUAAAUUGAACCUGCUUGGUUGAAAUUCCUAUAGGAUUAAAGGUAGGAUUAGCAUAAUUUAAAGCUUAAGUAAUUAGACCAAGCAAUUUUGUAAGAUUUCAGCUGCAUGAACGACCCUUUUAUAGACAAGUAUUAUAAAUAACAGUUUUAGCAAAUAAAAAUAUAAAGUGAGUAAGAAAAAAAAAUAUGUGGAUUCACGGUUCUCAAUUGA